GAGGAGUCAGUUACUUCCCUUGGACAAACUUCACCUCAGCGGUACCCAAUUAAAAUUUGUUUUUAAAAUAUAAAGACGAGAAGAUUUAUUACAAACGAAUUCAUUGAACAUUCCGUUACGCACGCUUCAUUUGCACAACAUGUCUUGUCUUGUGAAGAACAGACUUGUGUAUCUAGCAGCACUACAUAGUAGAAGUUGCCACACUGUUGUAGCCAAGUCUGCUGUUGUAACACAGCCUCUUAAUUUCCUAAAUGGGAAAAGGAUGGAACCUGUGAAUACAGAUAAACAACAACAGUUCCCACUUCAGUAUCCAGCCACAGGUGAAGUAUUGAAGACAGUACAGAGUUCUGGAGCUGUUGAUGUAGACAUUGCAGUAACCGCUGCUAAGAAUGGGCAGAAAAUUUGGGCGAGUUUGUCUGGGUUUGAAAGGGGACAGGUACUGAAACGUGCAGCAGACAUAUGCAGGUCAAAGCAAGAAGAGUUGGCAAGAGCAGAGACAUUUGACACAGGAAAGCCAAUAUGGGAAGCAAGAUUUGAUAUACAGGGCUGUUCAGAUUCUGUAGAAUAUUAUGGGGGACUUGCUUCAACUAUAUCAGGUGAAUUUUUACAGUUAUCAAAGAGAAACUUUGCGUACACAAUAAGAGAGCCCCUGGGAGUUGUUGGGGGUAUAGGGGCCUGGAACUACCCCUUUCAGAUGGCUACCUGGAAGUCAGCACCUGCGCUUGCAUGUGGCAAUGCUUUUGUUUUUAAACCCUCCCAAAUGACUCCACUGACUGCUGUUAUGUUAGGGGAGAUCUAUAAAGAAGCUGGCCUACCAGAUGGAUGCUAUAAUGUUGUGCAGGGGGCUUGCAGAACUGGUCAAUUAUUAUGUAAUCACCCUUCAAUAGAUAAAAUGACCUUUACUGGAAGUGUUCCUGUUGGUUCAAAGGUCAUGGAAGCCUGUGCAAAGGACAUCAAGCAUGUGACACUGGAACUUGGUGGGAAAUCUCCCCUUAUUAUUUUUGAAGACAGUCAUUUAGACAACGCUGUGACUGGGGCCAUGUUAGCCAAUUUCCUUACCCAGGGACAGGUGUGUUCAAAUGGUACCCGUGUGUAUUUGUACAGAAGAAAAAUUUUUAACCAGUUUCUGGAGAAGCUAGUUGAACGGACAAAGAAGAUGAAAAUAGGGGAUCCCUUUUCUGAAAAUACAACAGUAGGUGCCACAAUAUCCCCCCAACAAGCAGACCAAGUGCUUAGUUACAUUGACAUCGCAAAGAAAGAGGGUGCUACAGUAUUAUGCGGAGGAGAGGAGGUAACUCCUGAGCCAAAAUAUUCCAAAGGACAGUUUAUCUCGCCUUGUGUGCUAUCCAAUUGCCAUGAUGACAUGACUGCUGUUAAGGAUGAAAUAUUUGGUUCUGUGAUGUCAGUUUUAGAGUUUGACUCCGAGGAAGAAGUUAUAGAUAGAGCCAACAGUACAGAGUUUGGUCUUGCGGGGGGUGUUUUUACAAGAGAUUUAUGUCGAGCUCACCGUGUUAUAGCACAAAUGCAAGCAGGAUCUUUAUAUGUAAACAAUUACAAUGUGUAUCCAGUUGGUGUGCCAUUUGGAGGGUAUAAGAAAUCAGGCAUUGGUCGGGAAAAUGGACCAGAAGCUAUAGACUAUUACAGUCAAGUGAAAUCUGUUUAUGUUGAAAUGAAUGAUGUUGAAGCACCAUUUUAGUCAUGUUAAAUACUGGUAGAGAUGAAACUUGAAAAUUUCA